UGGGAGGUGGGAGGGAGAGGGAGAUGGCGUCGGUGAAGUUGAGUGCUCCGGCGAGCCAGUGGGUCGGCGGCCGGAAGCCGUUGGACCGGGGGGCGUCUAUCCGCCCGGCGUUCAGGCGGGUCUCCGUGCCGGUGGUCAGAGCCGGGUCUUACACCGACGAGCUCGUCCAGACCACCAAAUCUAUUGCUUCCCCUGGACGUGGAAUUCUUGCAAUAGAUGAAUCAAAUGCUACAUGUGGGAAGAGGCUUGCUUCGAUUGGUUUGGACAACACAGAAGCAAAUCGCCAAGCUUACAGACAGCUUUUGCUGACAACUCGUGGUUUAGGUGACUAUAUCUCAGGCGCCAUUCUUUUCGAGGAAACACUUUACCAGUCUACAACAGACGGAAAGAAGUUUGUAGAUUGUCUGUGUGAGGAGAAAAUAGUCCCUGGUAUUAAAGUUGACAAGGGUCUGGUUCCCUUACCAGGAUCAAAUAAUGAAUCUUGGUGCCAAGGUUUGGAUGGACUGGCAUCAAGAUGUGCUGAAUAUUACAAGCAAGGGGCACGUUUUGCUAAGUGGCGAACAGUAGUUAGCAUUCCUUGUGGUCCUUCUGCCCUAGCUGUUAAGGAGGCUGCCUGGGGGCUUGCACGUUAUGCUGCUAUUGCUCAGGACAAUGGGCUUGUGCCAAUAGUGGAACCUGAGAUUCUCCUUGAUGGAGACCACCCUAUUGAAAGGACCCUUGAAGUGGCAGAGAAUGUCUGGGCUGAAGUAUUCUACUAUCUUGCCGAAAAUAAUGUGGUGUUUGAGGGCAUUCUUCUGAAACCGAGUAUGGUGACUCCAGGUGCUGAGCACAAGGAAAAGGCAUCUCCAGAGACCAUUGCCAAGUUCACUCUCAAAUUGCUGAACAGGAGGGUACCACCUGCAGUUCCUGGAAUCAUGUUUCUGUCAGGAGGGCAGUCCGAAAUGGAAGCAACAUUGAACUUGAAUGCAAUGAACCAAGGCACCAAUCCAUGGCAUGUCUCUUUCUCGUAUGCACGAGCUCUUCAAAAUACUGUCCUGAAGACAUGGCAGGGGCGUCCAGAGAAUGUGGAAGCUGCACAGAAAGCACUCUUGGUGCGUGCUAAGGCCAACUCUCUUGCUCAGCUUGGUCGCUACUCUGCCGAGGGUGAGAGUGAGGAGGCCAAGAAAGGAAUGUUCCAAAAAGGCUACACCUACUAAGGCAGGUGAUCGGCACUCUCAACGGUUUCAUCUGGCACCUCUAUCUUAGUCUAGGUAUAUAGUUAUUAUGGAUUUCAGUGAGUUGUUGUCAGUGAAGCAUUGUUUUUGUUCCAGAGGGUCUACCAAAUGACCACAAUAAGUACUUGUGAAGGCUGUUUGUCUUCAUUGUAACCGUGAACUGCAACAAGAUAUCUUAUGACUACUGGCUUGAUUGAACAAAUUAUAUUUUGCAACCAUAA